UAUCAGAAUAGUAUGUACUCUGACAGAAGGACCUCCUGUGCGGAGCAGUUGGGAACAUAGACCCUGUGAAGAUCAUGAACAAUCCCAUAUGAACCUCUGAGAACCCGAGAAAAGUCCUUGCUGGGGGCAUUCAUCAGUCAUCCUCUCUUCCUGCAUUGAUCAGUAACACUUCAAUACUGUAGAAAACACAGCGCUGACCUUUCCUCCCAAUGAUCAGCACUUCUGCCUUCAGCGCUGAGAAAUUGCAAACAAAUGUAAGAUCGCAGUCUGGGCUGAGUGCCAAGGGUUGGUAUUUCACAGCAGCGACCGCCUUACAGACAAGAGCUGUGGGAAACAGGAGAGAGACUCUUGCUUAGGGUACCACUACUAUGGAGACGCAGCUGGGCUGAUACAAGAUUUGCAACGAAACAACGAGCAAGCGAGACAGAACGUGUCUGAGCAGUAAGGCAGUAAGCUGAAGAGCUAGCAGCUAAUCUGGCCAUGCUGCACUGUUCGAAACCAGCUUUUCAUCUCAGCCAAUCAGUGACAUCAUUGCUACCAAGACCUCCCACCCGUGCAUACAUAAGGAUUAAUUAGAAACUUCAUUGUAUUGAACAAACCACAAUGGGUGAGCAUCACUGGAAUGGCAUGACUUUGCGUGGUUGUCUGUAGAACUGGGAGCAUAAAAGUGGCCACAAAUUAAAAUCCAGACGCUGUGCUCUUCAGAUAAUAUUUUUCAAAGGAAAAGGCAAUUACUGAUAGAGAUGUUCUGAGGAUUACACAACAUCAUUCAGCAGCAGUAUACUAGAAAAAAUGAUGUUCAAGCUGGACGGAGCAAGGUGCUUGGAUAAAGAAGUCCAUUGUUCUUCCGAGUUCUCCGAACUUGAAGAUGUAGUUACUGCCAUCUGCUGGAGGAAUGGACAAGUCAUCUUUGAAGAAGGAAUGUGCUGAGCCGGGGAUAUUUUCUGACUGCAAAGCAUCUGGAGGCCUCACUGCUAUAUUCAUGUAUUCACCGCCAUGCUUCCUAAGUGACCGAGGACGUGCGACAUGACCCUCUGCAGUAAACUAAUGUCAGGAGGAUGUUACAUGGAAAGUAUUACAUAAAGGAUUAAACUUUUUACCGAAAACGAGAAGUUUAUAGGACCUUAGGAAAAGAUAAAUCUGUUCCUGAUAGUAAGCACUCCAUCCAUAUUAGGUUUACAAGUAUACAGGGUGUCACCAGGAACUAAUGAUCUUCAUCUUCAAAACAUGUGUGAAUAAUUGGAAAAGCCGUAAUAUCCCACGAAGACCAUUCCAUCACUUUCCAGCACUACAGGGGAAUCCUUAUGUCAAAAUCUGAUACAAAGACAAGAUUUUACACAGCAGACUGGGAACAACCAACAUCUUUUGCCACACUCUGUGUUUGAUUUCAGUCCUUUUAAUAGAAACAACUGGAAACUCUGCGCUUGGGGUACUCCGGGCCCCAAGACAUCUUAUCCCCUAUCCAAAGGACUCCGCCCUGUGUAACGUCCCACCCCGCCCCCUCAAUGAAAGUCUAUGGGAGGGGGCGUGACGUCACGAUACUCCGCCCUCGUGGUCGGGAGGCAAAAAACUGAGAACCUACAGCGCUUCCGGCAGUACUUACAGUGUCCCCGACGCUCCAGACGUCUCUGCUUCCCUGGGAUCCUCGCUCUCUGUCUCCGCCAUCACGUCGCUACACACGCCGCUCCUAUUGAAUGAUGGAGGAGCGCGCCGGCAAUGCAGGGGAUCCCGAACAGGACGCUCCAGAGCCCCGAGGACAGAACCAGGCCAGAACUGAAGCACCACUUACAGCAAACCCGUACUUGCACCGCUGCAACAUCACAGCCGGGCGUGUCAUGCUGACGUGGAGGACCGGAGACAGGACAUGACGCCUGACGCCGGCUCCAUGUGGUAGAGCGCCUAGCAGCUGUAGUAAUACACAGUUCCCUGCCACUGCAGGCAAAAGGCAGACAACAGGCGUGCGCGAAGAAGUGGGACUUCAGGAAACUGCAGCGCGAGCUGUGGUCCCUGAGGGACCUGCUCCAGUGUGGCUGGGACGUCAGGGAGGAGCUGGAGGAGACCAAAAAGAGCUUGAAAAGGCACUAUGAGGAGGAAUCCAAGCAAAUCAUCUUUCGUUCCAAGGUGGAGAAUCUGGAGAAGGGUGAGAAGUGUAACUCUUUCUUUUUCAGGAAGCUCCAUGCUGGCCACACGCCCCUGACUGAGCUACGAGAUGAGACCGGACACAUGAGGAGGGGCAAGGAGGAGGUGGGGGGGGUCGUCUCCGACUUCUACAGCAACCUCUACGCCCCCAAGUAAUCCGACCCCGAAGCCGCCGAGAGGUUCCUGUCAGGUAUCACUAACGUUGUUGAUCCCGCAGGUGCGCCGGCUAUGGACGAUUACUUGACGGUGGGGGAGCUGCUCUCUGCCACUAAAUACUUUAAGCCCAGCAGGACCCCGGGCAGUGUCGGUCUCCCGGCCGAGCUCUAUGUAGCGCUGGGUGACCUGAUCUGUCCAGACCUGUUGGAGGUGUAUGAGGAGAUGGUGGUGGGGGGCAGAAUCCGUCGUUGAGGGAAUGGAUGAUCACGAUCUUGUAUAAGCGGAAGGGGGAGAGAUGUGACCUGAAAAACUGGCGUCCCAUCUCUCUCCUGAACGUGGACUACAAGAUCCUCGCCAAGGUGCUGGCCAACAGGCUGAAAUCUGUCAUCGGGCAGAUCGUCCAUCCAGACCAGACCUGCGGCAUUCCUGGUCGCAGGAUUGGUGACAGCCUUGCCCUUGUGACAGACACGGUCUAUUACAUCCAGGACCUUCGUGGCCGCGCCACCCUGGUCAGUAUGGAUCAGGAGAAGGCAUUUGACCGUGUCUCCCACGCAUUCAUGGGCAGGGCUUUGCGCAGGCUAGGUCUGGGGAAGAUGUUUUGCUCUUUUGUUAACGUCAUGUAUUUUGAUAUUUACAGCACGGUGUUGGUGAAUGGCUGGAAGACUAACCCUUUUUCCAUCCUUUCAGGGGUUAGACAAGGCUGCCCUCUUUCACCUCUUCUUUUUGUUUGUGUUAUAGAGCUCUUCACUGAGACUAUCCGGCACAAUGGAGAGAUCAGAGGAAUUACCGCACCAGGAUCAGAUCGCUACGAGGUCAAGUGCUCGCUCUACAUGGAUGACGUGGCCGUCUUCUGCACUGACCAGCGUUCGGUGACUGCACUCGUCCAGACCUGCAAGGACUUCGUCAGAGCUUCGGGGGCAAAAGUCAACUGCGGGAAGUUGGAAGCCAUGCUCUUCAGGGAAUGGCACCUGGCUUCUCCCCCCCCUUCCCCUUUACUGUUAAGCCAGACUUCAUUCAAAUUCUUGGAGUCUGGUUCAGGAAGGAAGGAGCGGCCCUUAAGUUUUGGCAAUACCGACUAGGAAAGAUGAACUCUAAGAUUGGACUGUGGAGCUCCAGAAAGCUCUCUAUUGAAGGCAAAGCACUGCGGAGUGAAGUUUUGCCUGUGCUCCAAUGUACCGCACAGGCCUGGCCUCCCCAUACCACCGUUUGCAAGGCCAUCACCCGGACAGUGUUUUGCUUCAUCUGGGGCAAAAGGGACAGAGUCAAGAGGACUGUGAUGUACAAGGAUCCCUGCAAGGGUGGGAAGGGAAUACCCGAUAUCCCCACUCUGCUGAGGGCCUCCUUUGCAUGUGUCAGCAUGCAGCGGACUCUUGUUGAAAAGACUGGCUCAGCAGGCAGGUCCAUGUCUCGCUUGUUUCUUAUGCCCCUCUGGAGACAGCUGGGCUUGGACAGGUGGGACAGCUCCAUCCCUUACAACUGGAACGCUCCCUGGUUCUAUGGGGAUGUUGUCCAGUUUGUGAGGGAGCACCAGCUGGAAGGACUGAAACCUGACCUAUGGAAGCCGAAGACAAUCUACAUGCUCAUCCGAGCUAAGGACUUGACUGAGCUGGUUCCGGGACUCCCUGCAGAGACAGUUUGGACUAAUGUGGCCAAAAAGCGGCUUACCAAUGGACACAAGGACUUGUCGUGGAUGGCCGUCAAGGAUGGCCGCAACCUGUGCACAACCCGGUACUGCCCUCGGUGCCGCUAUGUGGAGGAAACAUCUUUGCACGUGUUUUGGCAGUGCCCCUUUGCACAGGGUCUGUUGGACGCCCUGGAACAUCAACUCAGAGACUCUGUACCCAGGAACUGCCUAUCGUACCAUUCGGUGCUUUAUGGUCUGUUCCCUGGGACCCACGACGUGGAGGCCAUCCAGGAGGCCUGGCGCCUUAUGAACUGUUUUAAGGACGCAGUGUGGCUUGCCAGGAACCGCCUCAUGAUCAACAGGGAGAACAUGUCCGUCCGGGACUGCCGCAGGUUCAUCAAGAGCCUGCUUAGAGACUAUUCCAUCUUGGACAGCCCGGCCGUCGAUGAGGAAGAAGAGGAGUGAAGACCCCUCUCCUUCUCCCAUGUCUCCUUGAAGAUACAGCCCAGUAGUUUGGCCCUGUGAUCCGCCCCCUCCCCACCCCCACAUAGUCGCCCAUACCCCCCACGCCCCCGCCCCAAAGCCCACACCCCUACCCCAAUCACAGAUUGUAUUGUUUUGUUAUUCGAUAUCUUGUGCUUUUCUAUUAAAGGAUUGAGCGGAGUGUUAGAGUAGCAUGAUGUGCGAUGUAUAGCUUAGGGAACCUUUGCUUUUUAUUGUACUGUCAUGCUUUGUGUGAUUGUAAUUUAUUGUAUGACUUGUAAUGACUGAACGGACAAUAAAGCUGUUUCAAUAAACCACGAAACAGCUGUCUGCAGAUGGGUAGAAAACUUCUCUUUAGGGGAGUA